CCUUGCCAACUGCUCUCCUCCGCAGACCCCCGUGACCUCGGAGGGCCCGGGAAGCUGCCGGGCAGCGCCGGCCCUCUCUGUACCUCCUGCCUGCGCCCCGUGGGACGAGGGAGAGGGGGCCGGGCAGUCAGGCAAAGGUUAGGGGAGGGAAGCAGGGCAGAGGCCCAGGAGGACGGCAGGAAAUGUUUGUGUUUCUCCAGCAGGAGGGAGGACAAACACGCUUUCCCCGAGCCCCUGGGCAGCGGCGAGCUGAGCUCCCCGGCACAGGCGGAGUCCGAGGAGCCGAAGCGAGGCUGGGGCUGGAGGCGAGGGCAGCUCUGCGGCUUCGAUCUGCCCGGGGCCUGCGGCCACCUUCCAGGGUGACCCCUCGCACGCGACUGCACGCAGUCCCCAGCCUGGGUGGCAGCCUCGGCUGGUGAACUCCCCGGCUGGAGGGCGUUUCUGUCCCGGGCGCAGCGGCAGCAUCCACAACCCCACGCCGACCCUGUGCAGAGCCUGCAGCCCAGGGAGCUGGAGUCGGAGAGAGGGCAGCUCCGCUGAGCACCGGUGCCUCUGCGGCACAUGGGCCGCUUGCCCUGUGCCCGCCAUGGACAACGGGUCGUGCUGUGCCAUCGAGGGGGACCCCAUCUCCCAGGUGAUGCCGCCGCUGCUCGUCCUGGCCUUCGUGCUCGGCGUCCUGGGCAACGGCCUCGCCCUGUGCGGGUUCUGCUUCCACGUGAAGACCUGGAAGCCCAGCACCAUCUACCUCUUCAACCUGGCCGUGGCCGACUUCCUCCUCAUGGUGUGCCUGCCCUUCCGGACCGACUACUACCGGCGACACCGGCGCUGGGCUUUCGGGGACGUCUGCUGCCGCCUGGUGCUCUUCAUGCUGGCCAUGAACAGGGCCGGGAGCAUCGUCUUCCUCACGGUGGUGGCCGUGGACAGGUACUUCAAGGUGGUCCACCCCCACCACGCGGUGAACGCCAUCUCCCGCCGCACCGCGGCUGGCAUCGUGUGCGCCCUCUGGGCCUCGGUCCUCGUGGGGACGGUGCACCUGCUGCUGGGGAGUCGCCUGUGCGUGCACGAGGGGGCCGCGUCCUGUGAGAGCUUCAUCAUGGAGUCGGCCAACGGCUGGCAUGACAUCAUGUUCCAGCUGGAGUUCUUCCUGCCGCUCGCCAUCAUCCUGUUUUGCUCCGUCCGGAUCGUGGGGCGCCUGCGGCAGAGGCAGCAGCUGGCCCGGCAGUCCCGGAUGAGGAGGGCCACCUGGUUCAUCCUGGUGGUGGUCGUGGUGUUCGUCACCGGCUACCUGCCCAGCGUGUCGGCCCGGCUCUACUUCCUGUGGACGGUGCCCGCCAGCGCCUGCGACGCCUCUGUGCACCUGGCCCUCCACGUCACCCUCAGUCUCACAUACAUAAACAGCAUGCUGGAUCCCCUGCUGUACUAUUUCUCAAGUCCCUCCUUCCCCAAAUUCUAUUCCAAGCUCAAAAUCCGCAGUCUGAGACCCAAGUGGCCAGGACCCUCCAAGACCCAAGGGCCGGAAGAGAUGCCAACUUCCAACCUGUGUGGCGAGGGCUGUGCCAACAUGGCCAACAGCUUCCAAAGCCGAUGUGACGCCCAGUGGGAUCUGCACACGUGCUGAGCGGCGGGGGACAGGCGUUCGCGCUGGUGGCCGGGGGCUUCGGAAGAGGCCACCACCUUUUCUCCGCCGUAACCGCCUGGCUCUGUUGGAAGUGAAAGUCGAGUCACUCUAGCCUCUCGGGAGGUCCCGGCUGAUUGCAGUGAGUCGGUCGCAUUGACAAGUCCAGGGCAGGGGCUGGGAUGUGCGUGGAAGGGAGUCCGUGGGUGUUGGGUGGGGAGUUAGGAGCUGCUCAGUCCGGGUAAUUCUAAAUGGCGGGGCAAAAAGGUGUGCUUAUGGGACCGUGUUCUCACGCUGCAGGGUUUAGGGAACUUAACCCCUUGUGGGUAUGUCUUAUCCCCUGCCCUGAAUUCAUCGCUUACCUUGGAGAACAGAGACUGGCCUAGGCCAGCAUGCUUAGUCCAGGCUCAGUGGAAACAGGGGCCCCUCCGGACUCCUCUUCGUCAUUGUUUGGACUUCCAGACAGCCCAAGACCAGAGCAAAACAACCCGCUCUGGCCUUUGAGUUCACAUUUACUGCAGAUCCUUGCAUGUUAAAGAAGGCGCAGGGGAUAUGUUUACCUGCCCUGGUUUUCCCAGGCUGGAGCUGGGAGCUUGAAAAAAUCCCGGUUGGCUUCUGGGAGGCGCCAAGCCAGCGCAGUCGCUGCCGUGCUGUUCUGUGGCUGUGGAUCAACAUCGCCCAGCCCUCCGUCCACUCUGCGGGAUUCACUAAGUUCAGAAUGCGUCCCUGUUUCCUGCAGGGUCGCCGGCCGGCUCUUGUGGGUCGGCCGUUUCUGGGGUGGCCGAGCAGGGCUCCGCUCUUUCUUACCAUGUCGUUUCCUUUUGCGCGUGGUUUUAAUUUCCCUGAUAUGUCCCUGGGGUCCUUAAAACUGGAAGACUGUGUGAGGCAGGCUGCCCCUGCCCUGGACCUGGGGGACAGCGUCCUCGCCAGCCUUCUCCCCGGUGUCCGGCCAGGACGCGUGGCAGCGGCUCCCGCUCCUGCACGCAAGCUUCCGCACUUCCCAGUGUGCCGUUUCCAGGCUCUUUGGCCUGAUGAGACCCCCGUAGGCUGCUCCCCUGCUUGCUUCCUCAGGGGGCUGUGCGCCCUGCGACAAGAGCUGUGGGCUGUGGUGUAGGGUCAGAGGGGUGGACGCUUGCGUCCCAGCACAACCACUUCCCACAUACGCGCUCUCGGAGCCCUUCUUUAACCACUUUCAGCUUCGGGUUGCUGGUUUGGCAGACAAGGGAAACAGUAAUUCUGAUUCCAAAGGGUGGCGGGGUGGAUUCGGCGAACGUGCAACCCUGAAGCAUAAGGACUUUGCUUACUGUUACAACCUCCUAGAAGGGCACCUGUACACGGCAGGUGCUUAACGCAUGGAUUUUUUUUUUAUGAAUGAAUACAUGAGUCCACGCGGAGCAUUGUGCACAGUGGCUGAGAGCGAUCGCUCCAGACGAUGCUGUAUUACAUGGACGCAUGUUAAACGCAAACAAGAGGGAGCACAGCCUCUCUGGGGCUCAGGGCUCCUACGAGUUGCCCCCUUGUCUCCACCCAAAUUCCCUGCUCCCCAGCCGCCAGGAGAGGAGUGAAGACAAGGAUUCUUAUCAGCCCCCAAAGUCCACACAUCUUCCUGAUAGGAAUCCCCGAAAAUAACUCCUCUCAGCUUUCAGUUCUAUUCUUAGCUAACAUGCUUUUCUGGGCUGCUCCUGUGUUGUUUCAUCUUAAUAAAAAUGGGUUCCAAAAGAAAAGUCUCCGUGUGUCUCUGU